UAGCAAGUAAGGUUCAAAGAUUAUUUUCUAAGUGCAAUGUGAGCCUUUUAUUGGAGGUGUACAGGUAGGGACGGUACAGUUUGCCGUGGAGAGCAGGCCUGACAGUCUCUGUGUGGCUCAGGGCUGUGUGGGGAACACAAGGUAAGGGAUAAGUGAGAAUUGGCCGCAGGGUUGGAUUGGUUGGGCUGGGCUGACAUGGAUGGAAUUGGCUCAGGCUUAAGUAUAUAUAAAUAGCCGUUAUCAGGCAGAGCUCGGAUGCAGAGCAGGUUUACUUUGGCUCCAGGUGAGCAAGCACUAUGGUGAAACAGGAAUAUCACAAGAAUUGUGCAAGCAGUAUAGUGCGACAGGAAUAUCACAAGAAGUGUGCAAGCAGUAUAGUGAAACAGGAAUAUCACAAGAAGUGUGCAAGCCGUAUAGUGAAACAGGAAUAUCACAAGAAGUGUGCAAGCAGUAUAGUGAAACAGGAAUAUCACAAGAAGUGUGCAAGCAGUAUAGUGCGACAGGAAUAUCACAAGAAGUGUGCAGGCAGUAUAUUGAAACAGGAAACAUCACAAGAAGUGUGCAAGCAGUAUAGUGCGACAGGAAUAUCACAAGAAGUGUGCAGGCAGUAUAGUGAAACAGGAAUAUCAUAAGAAGUGUGCAAGCAGUAUAGUGAAACAGAAAACAUCACAAGAAGUGUGCUAGCAGCAGGGUGAAACAUGAAUAUCACAAGAAGUGUGCAAGCAGUAUAGUGAGACAGGAAUAUCACAAGAAGUGUGCAAGCAGUAUAGUGAGACAGGAAUAUCACAAGAAGUGUGCAUGGUGAAAGACCACAGAUAUUCCUAGUGACAAGUAUAUUACAGAAUUUUCUGUUACAGUUUGUGUCAUUAGAUUAUUAUUAUUAUAAGAAUACAUUUAGGAUUCAAUCUGAAUUCACAUUUACAGACACAACUACUCUAUACUCUGAUUACAGAGAGAGCUGGUGUGGAAGAGAGUGCGGGUCUGGUAGAGAGAGCAGAUUGGAAGAGAGCUGGUCUGGUAGAGAGAGCUGUUCUGGUAGAGAGCGCAGACUGGAAGAGAGAGCUGGUCUGGUAGAGAGUGCUAGUCUGGUAGAGAGAGCAGAUUGGAAGAGAGAGUUGGUCUGGUAGAGAGAGCUGUUCUGGUAGAGAGGGCAGAAUGAAAGAGAGAGCUGGUCUGGUAGAGAGUGCAGACUGGAAAAGAGAGGGAGAAGAGAGUGCAGGGCUGCAAUAAGGCACUUGCUCAUGAGAAGCUGUAGGGGCUGCUCCCUCCUGGUGCACCCCACGAUACCAUGAAAUCAUUUAUAUUUUGCCCUGUUUUGACUUUUCCGUGGAUGCUUUGUCACUUGCAGCAGGUAAUGCAGCUCUGCAUGCUUGGUAGAUAGGUAACCAUGACAUUAAAACAUAUGAAGUUGCUAUGGAUACCGUAUUAUCUCACCUUUAUAAAGGUUGGUGCGUCAGGCACAGUGAUCACUGCUAUCUUACACCCCAUAAACAAUUAGUUUAAUACACUGAGUAUUAAUUCAUUAAACACGAAAUAACAAAUUGCAAAACAUGGCUCAAAUUAGCCAAACUGCAAUAAUUCACCAAAACACACAUUUUACAUCUCCCGGUUAAUUCUAUGUGAAUUUAGAACAUUCCUUAGUGGACAGCGGUGGUUGGGAUCUUCCUGCGACCGGCGUAAACUGAUUUUUAUUUAUAUUUUUUGGCAUCCUGGAAUUAGAGAUCUUCUCAGUGAAGAUGGGUUAGUAAUACGCUUUUUAGCAUUUUGGACAAAACAAACGAAACUAGUAUUAAAAAAAUGAAGCCAAGUGUUCUGGGGAUUGUUGUCUGUAUAAUUAGUGUUAUUUCUGUCCUACUGUCUGGGAAAAUGGUCCGUUUUUAAUAAUUACAAAUUACUGAGGUAGUCACUAACGUGGGAUUUGUCAAGUAUUCAAAAUUAAUUUCAAAUUUUAGGGCAAAACAGGCGAAUCUGAAAAACACUAAAACUAAAACUUGGAAUCCUAUUUCCCACAUUAGUGAUCCACCCUGAAUAUUUAUCUUUUUUUUAAAUUAAAUAUGUUCUCUCCAUAAGCAGAAUAGUGAAUGUAAAUAUAAUUUAUAUACAGAUAUUGUCAUUCAGAUCAAUGAAGACCAAUUAGUGGUUAUUGUUAAUGGGAACCACAUAUUAUAUAUAUAUCUCCAUAAGUGAUCCAGUAUGUCUGUCUGUCUAUCUAUCUCCUAUAUAUUAUAUAUAUGUUACCUUAUUAUCUCAUUAUCCAUUACCUUUACAAUCUCCAUAACUGAUACAGUGUGAAUAUAUAGAAAUGCUGUGCAUCUCCUGUAUAUCUCAAGAUGGACUUUGGAAAGUCUCCCUUGGGCACAGUAAUGAAGAUAAACCAAUUUUUCACAACUAUCCCAGAAUUCCCAGCUUGAUAUGCAAAUGAGCUCAGACAGGCAUUGUUUUUUGAGACUUCACACUGCGUUUCUUAUGGAUACUCGUAGCAAUGGACAUCAUUUUAAACACUGGCUAUGAUCCGAACUGAGCUAUAAACCAGAAACCAGCCAGAGACUGCAGUUUCAACCUUGUGGGUGUCAUCAUCAUGGCACUGGUUCUGGUCUGGAAGCUGAGGUCUCUCAAUGAGUUUGUAGCGAGAUGCCAAAUAGUUCAAACUCUCACAAUGCAGAUGGACAAAUUACUGUUGUGCAUCACCUACAUAGCUUAUAUAUAUAAUAACGUGGGAGCAGUCACAGUGACAGUGUAUAGAUGUACACCCCGUUAUAGAGACAGUAAAGGUAACAGCAAGGAAUCCAGCCAACGAGUAAACUACAGUAUUUAUAACACGGAAAUAUUUCAUGUUAUUAGGAUACGCUGAUAAUGGUUUAAUAAAACCUACUAUUUGGGUUUAAAGGUAAAGUUAAUCAGCCUGGAAUGAUUGAAGGCCGUCCAGAAGACGGAGCAAUGUCUGAUAAGAGAAAGCCUUUGUCCCUUUUUCCUGAUGACAUAAACACAAUGUAACGAAUUGCAAUUUCACACAGAAAGACGUAUCAGCUGGUUCAAUCUGUCAGGUCUUGGCCCUGUCCUUUCACCUAUAUUGCCAAGGGUACGGUCUGCGUUACACUCUGACCUCUGACUGCAGCUCAUUUAAAGGAUUGCCACAGACUGCCAUCACACAGUUACUACAUCGGACUGGUCACCUACGUAGGCGGCUAAUUAAUAUUAUACAACAGGCGGCAGGAUAGAGAGUAUUAUAAACACAUACACUAUUAUUUUAUUAUUACUGCCAGUUAACAAGAAAUGGCGUGGAGGGAAUAAUAAUAGCUGCUUACAUACUGAUGCUACUUGCAGAUAAAGUUAAUAAAUAUUUAGAAAAGCUGCACCAGAUAUUAAUGAAAUUAGGAAAUAGGACCUGUUCUCCUACAUUCUCAGUUAUACCCCGAAUCUGGCCACCACAAACUACCAGAGAUAAGAAUUGUGGGUAACAAAAUGCAAAGAGUGGGGGGUCAAUGACAGCAAUUUGGGGGGACACUGGUAAAUAUAUAUAGAUGGGAAAUUCUUCCCCUUGCGAUACUAAGAUAUUCUCCAGAUAUAAACUAUAACAAUCACUCACAAGAAGAUAUUGACUAGGGGCAUUCGAAUUUUCACAGAGCACUACUCACUAUAUUCACAAUGGUGAUCUAAACCAAACAAACCUUUUUUUAAGCAUGAUUUCUAUUAUUUAACACUUAAUUUUCAUUCCUCUUACUAUUUAGCAAGAUUUAAAAGGGAGGGAGGCUUUAUCCAAACCUAUCUUUUUCUGUCUAUACUAAGGAUGAUAUAUUACAGGCUGGUGAAUUUUGGUACUCAACUGUUGAAUCCAUACCUUCAUCCAUGAGAAAUUUCACCAAUCCUCACCAAGUCUCCAUAUAUUGGAGAUAUCUUUAUAGAGAUAUAAAAGUGGAUAAUUUAUCUCCCCCCAGCCCCCACUCCCUUCCCCUUGCAAAAGUGUAGAGCUUUGUGCUAUAUCAAUCCAUAUACAGAAUACUACCUAGAAUUUGUAUUCUUUAUUUUUAUCCAGUCCCCUAAUAUUGUCACGAACUAAUAAAGCCAGAGAGGAUAGAGGUAGUUGGUGUUAUGCAACGAGGUUCCAUUUACCAGCCAGAGGCUCAGCCUAUUGGUCUUUGGAUUUAAUUAUCAUUUGGUAAAAGGCGUUUAUCUACAUACUGUUUAUUUCCCCAGAUAAGACCUGCACACAAUGUUUCUUAUGAGUGAGUUUAUAGUUUAUUUCUACUUUAUAUUUAGGGGUUAAGCCCUGAGACACUACUGGAGAGUCUCCCUGGUGAUUUCGAUUCAGUGAAGGUUGUCAUGCAACUACCUCACACUGAACAUUUUCUAUUUUUAAGAUAUUCUCCACAAAUAUAUACAUUCAAAAUAGUGUGUCACCUCAUAUAUUCUUCAAUAGUUUUUCCCCCCAUAUUUUAUUUUAUUAUAUUUUUUUAUUUUAUUAAUAGAGCAUUAAUAUAUAAUUAAUAUAUCUAUAAAUGUGUUCAGGCUCCUUUAAUAGCCCAGUUUGUGCUGAUUACUCCAUGAACAAAGUUUUCUUCCAAAACCUUCAUUAAAUUAAUUGCGCUGUGACACAUUGUGUUUACACCUUCACUGAGUUUAGAUUUAAGCGGGUUGAGCGGGUCCGUACAUGCAGCGGGUCACAAACAUGACUUCAAUUAAACAGGUAAUUGGGGGAUGAAAUUACUAUUUUCCAGAGCAGGAAAGAUUCUGUGAUUAAUUAUUAUCUAAAUCCAUGGGGGUUAAAGAGUAAAACAUUGAUGUAAAUAUCUAUCUGUCUGUCUGUCUGUCUAUCUGUCUAUCUAUCUAUAGGUCUGUCUAUCUAUCUGUCUGUCGGUCUGUCUAUCUAUCUAUCUGUCUAUCUGUCUGUCUGUCUAUCUAUCUAGCUAUCUGUCUGUCUGUCUAUCUAUCUAUCUAUCUAUCUAUUUAUCUAUCUAUCUAUCUAUCUAUCUAUCUAUCUAUCUAUCUAUCUAUAUGUCUAUCUAUCUGUCUGUCUGUCUAUCAAUCUAUCUAUCUAUAGGUCUGUCUAUCUAUUCUGUGAUUAAUUAUUAUCUAAAUCCGUGGGGGUUAAAGAGUAAAACAUUGAUGUAAAUAUCUAUCUGUCUGUCUGUCUGUCUAUCUGUCUAUCUAUCUAUAGGUCUGUCUAUCUAUCUGUCUGUCGGUCUGUCUAUCUAUCUAUCUAUCUAUCUAUCUAUCUAUCUAUCUAUCUAUCUAUCUAUCUGUCUGUCUAUCUAUCUAUCUAUAUGUUUAUCUAUCUAUCUCUCUGUCUGUCUGUCUAUCUAUUUAUCUAUUUAUCUAUCUAUCUAUCUAUCUAUCUGUCUGUCUGUCAAUCUAUCUAUCUAUAGGUCUGUCUAUCUAUCUGUCUGUCUGUCUAUCUAUCUAUCUCUUUUAUAAUCCAAUCAAUACAUAAUCAAUAAAUAAUUCCAAUAUAUAAAUGUGGGGGCUCUGAAUCCACCAGCUUUAUUUGGGUGCAGGAGUGGUACGAGGGGCGACACACAAACUGUGCCUCUAGCACCGUGCGUGAGGUUAACGGACAUGGAAAUACCCAAAUAAUAAAAGAUGCAGCAAACCUUAUGCCCCGCAUACUCUACCUGUUCCAGACGCUUCCGGUCAAUAUUCCACGGAGUUUCUUCCAGACACUGUCGUCCUCCUUUAGGCAGUUUGUGUGGAACCAGAAACCCGUUCGAGUACGGCAAGUGAUUUUGGAACGUCCUCGAAGCAAGGGAGGUAUGGGAUUACCUUCAGUCCUUACUUACUACCGGGCAUCACACCUAUACCGGCUAGUGGACUUUCAUGCAGCCCUGGGCGGAAAACAGUGGGUAGAUAUGGAAAAGCAACAGGCUAGGGGAGGCAAAAUCCCUGCCCAACUGUGGCUGGGUGAUGCCACAUUCCAGGAGCUGCAAACAGGCAACCCGUUGAUAGACGCUACAUUGAAAGUGUGGUGUAGCAUUCGUUACUCCCAAAAACGUACGUCGUCGCCGAAUCCGCUUACGCCCGUGACACAUAACCCAAGAUUAGCGGCGGGACUUUCCCCGGGAGACUUGAAGUCCUUUGGGGCCGCGGAUUGGAUCUUACUGCACCAGUGGUGCAAUGGACCAGCCACUGGCCGUUCUACUCCAAGACCGCGAACCAAGCGCCCUUGACAAAUAUCGCUACUACCAGCCCACAACUUAUGUAGCCUCUCUCGCUGGUAAGGCUCACCUUCACCGCACACUGUCCCACUUCGAACAACUCUGCGUAGCCAGACAGCAUCUUACCCACGGCAUAUCGCACCUAUAUUCCACGCUGCAAAACUGCGGGGACCAAAGCCCUUUAGGCUUCACGGUACAGUGGGAAAGGGAAACAGGGGUCGAGCUAUCUGAAACAGAGUGGCAAAAAAUCUUCCAAUUGACGCACAAGGGGACCAUUAGCUCAAAGUUUCAGGAAUGCAAUUAUAAGAUAUUGUCGUGUUGGCAUAGAACCCCGGACAUCCUUCGUCACGUCCACGAGUCCAUCUCUGGUGAGUGCUGGAGGUGUGGAGCCGCGGAUGGUACCGGGAUCAAUAUAUGGUGGGCAUGCACACGCAUUGAGCCUUUCUGGUGAGAGAUACACCAAGCAAUUAAAGACGUAACGGGGAUAGACAUCCCUUUCCAGCCGUUGCCGAUGCUGCUGAAUCACACAAGCAUGCCAAUGACCAUCUACAAAAAGGGCCUCGUUAUACAGCUACUCAUGGAAGCAAAAUCGCUUAUCCCCACGCUGUGGAGAAAUCCGACAGCCCCUACCUUUCGCCAAUGAGUAGACAGAGUGGAAAUGAUCUACAACAUGGAAAUGCUGACAGAGUCUCUGCAGUGACACUUGGAUAAAUGUGCUCUAACAUGGUUUCCAUGGAUGGAGUACACGGCGAGGGGGGCCGCUGGGGAUGCCCGAUUGGGGGGUGGUGGCGCCCCUGCACUGGCACAACUUCUUCCUCCCCCAACAGACUGACAGAUACACGUAGUCCUGACCAACAUGGGGGCUGCACUUCCCUAACCACACAGCUAUGACUAAUCCCCUCCUUUCCCCAUCCCGAUAUCCAGACGGACGGUAAACUGGGGCGACUACACGGGUAUAGGCUUAUAAACUCAUCAAUCCACUAACCAGGCAUGUGGGAAAUUUGGGGAGCUAGGGGGGGGACACAAGGCAAAGGCGGGCAGUAGGCCUGUGUAGGCACUGGGAGGAGAGGGGAUUACAGGGCUGUUGAACCUCGUUAGGGUGGCUGGGAGGCGCACAUUAAUGAGGGGAUUCAGCCAGAGGGCAGGAGGUCAACAACGGCUCCCUGGGGACAGGGAGGUAUUCUUCCAACAUUCUCGGUUAAACGCUUUUGGUUCGAACUGAGCCCAUCGGAUUACCCAGGCAAAAGCUGCCCGGUUUGAUCCCUAGGGGUUUCCAGCCUAUACUGGUAGGGGACAGGAGGGGGUGCAGAUUAGCCAGAGGACACCCUGCAGCUAACAUAUAUCUCAUGCAAACCACUUCACCAGGCUUGAGGUUGGGGGGGGGACUACUGGGGAUUAGGGUCAUGGGCUGGCUCACCAAUUGGCCCUCAGGGGCAGAGCAGUAGACGAUAGAGAUAGAUACGAACCCCCGCUUAACGAUGUAUAAGGGAUAACUGCGCCUCCCACAACCAGCUUUUCGCAUAUAUCUCUUGAGUCCCUUUGAGGUAUUAGGAAUGUGGCCACUUUUGUUGCCAAGUUGGAUCCUUGCUGUUACAGUUACGGUUAUAUUUCUAUGUUAAGAUAAUCUCAACUCGCUGUACUAUCUGAGAACGGGGAAUCUAAAUGUCCUACCUUCAUGGCCUUUAUAAAGGUAGUAAUUGUAUUGUAUUACAAAAAUGAAAAAUAAAAAAAAAAGAAUGUCAAAAAAAAAAAAAAGAUGCAGCAAACCAUACAAACUGUCUGCAUUGUGGAUAUAAUGGGACUGGGGAUAUUGGGAGGAUCUGUGAGGUUAUUUAAAGCGAUGAGUUUUGCAGGUGAUGAGAAUUUGGGGUGAGCUGAUCUCCAUCCAAGCUGGUUCCGGUACAUUGUCUCACAUUGUCUCUUUUUGUAUCAGAUUUAGUGAGAUGUGCUGCUGCCUGAGCUUUCUCUUUACCCCUCUCUCCACUCCAUUCAUUGUUGCCCUGAUCACCGUGGGGAUCUCCGCUUUCAUCUAUGUCCUGACAAAACCAAAACCAGUCUUUCCGCCCAUCGACCUGAACAAACAGUCUGUCGGAACUCAGGUAACGCCAAAACUGCAUGUUUAUUACUUCAGAACAUUUCUUUAGCUAAGACACACUUUAAAAAACUAUUAUAGAUAGUGCAUUAAGUGACAUCACACAUGUAGACAUAUAAUAUCAUCCAAAUGUAAUAUCCACCAAAUACAAUAUCUGCCAAAUAUAAUAUUAUCCAAAUGUAAUGUCCGCCAAAUAUAAUAUCCACCAAAUAUAAUAUCCACCAAAUAUAAUGUCCCCCAAAUAUAAUAUCCACCAAAUAUAAUAUCCACCAAAUAUAAUGUCUGCCAAAUAUAAUGUCCACCAAAUAUAAUAUCAUCCAAAUAUAAUGUCCUCCAAAUAUAAUGUCUGCCAAAUAUAAUGUUCACCAAAUAUAAUAUCCACCAAAUAUAAUGUCUGCCAAAUAUAAUGUCCUCCAAAUAUAAUGUCCACCAAAUAUAAUGUUCACCAAAUAUAAUAUCCACCAAAUAUAAUGUCCACCAAAUAUAAUAUCAUCCAAAUAUAAUAUCCACCAAAUAUAAUGUCCACCAAAUAUAAUAUCAUCCAAAUAUAAUAUCCACCAAAUAUAAUGUCCACCAAAUAUAAUAUCAUCCAAAUAUAAUAUCCACCAAAUAUAAUGUCCUCCAAAUAUAAUGUCUGCCAAAUAUAAUAUCCACCAAAUAUAAUAUCCACCAAAUAUAAUGUCCACCAAAUAUAAUAUCAUCCAAAUAUAAUAUCCACCAAAUAUAAUGUCCUCCAAAUAUAAUAUCCACCAAAUAUAAUAUCCACCAAAUAUAAUGUCCACCAAAUAUAAUAUCAUCCAAAUAUAAUAUCCACCAAAUAUAAUGUCCUCCAAAUAUAAUGUUCACCAAAUAUAAUGUUCACCAAAUAUAAUAUCCACCAAAUAUAAUAUCCACCAAAUAUAAUGUCCUCCAAAUAUAAUGUCCACCAAAUAUAAUGUUCACCAAAUAUAAUAUCCACCAAAUAUAAUGUCCGCCAAAUAUAAUAUCACCCAAAUAUAAUAUCCCCCAAAUAUAAUAUCCUCCAAAUAUAAUGUCUGCCAAAUAUAAUGUCCUCCAAAUAUAAUGUCCGCCAAAUAUAAUGUCCACCAAAUAUAAUGUUCACCAAAUAUAAUAUCCACCAAAUAUAAUAUCCACCAAAUAUAAUGUCCUCCAAAUAUAAUGUCCACCAAAUAUAAUGUUCACCAAAUAUAAUAUCCACCAAAUAUAAUGUCUGCCAAAUAUAAUGUCCUCCAAAUAUAAUGUCUGCCAAAUAUAAUAUCCACCAAAUAUAAUGUCCGCCGAAUAUAAUAUCACCCAAAUAUAAUAUCCCCCAAAUAUAAUAUCCUCCAAAUAUAAUGUCUGCCAAAUAUAAUGUCCUCCAAAUAUAAUGUCCGCCAAAUAUAAUAUCACCCAAAUAUAAUAUCCCCCAAAUAUAAUAUCCUCCAAAUAUAAUGUCCGCCAAAUAUAAUGUCUGCCAAAUAUAAUAUCAUCCAAAUGUAAUAUCCACCAAAUACAACAUCCGCCAAAUAUAAUGUCCACCAAAUAUAAUAUCCACCAAAUAUAAUAUCAUCGAAAUAUAAUGUCUGCCAAAUAUAAUGUCCACCAAAUAUAAUAUCAUCGAAAUAUAAUAUCAUCGAAAUAUAAUAUCCACCAAAUGUAAUAUCCACCAAAUAUAUCUACCAAAUAUAAUGUCCGCUAAAUAUAAUGUCCCCCAAAUAUAAUGUCCACCAAAUAUAAUAUCCACCAAAUAUAAUUUCAUCGAAAUAUAAUGUCUGCCAAAUAUAAUGUCCACCAAAUAUAAUGUCAUCGAAAUAUAAUGUCUGCCAAAUAUAAUGUCCACCAAAUAUAAUAUCAUCGAAAUAUAAUGUCUGCCAAAUAUAAUGUCCACCAAAUAUAAUAUCAUCGAAAUAUAAUGUCCACCAAAUAUAAUGUUUGCAAAAUAUAAUGUCCGUCAAAUAUAAUAUCCACCAAAUAUAAUAUCAUCGAAAUAUAAUAUCCCCCAAAUAUAAUGUUCCCCAAAUAUAAUGUCCGCCAAAUAUAAUAUCCACCAAAUAUAAUAUCAUCGAAAUAUAAUAUCCCCCAAAUAUAAUGUCCACCAAAUAUAAUAUCCACCAAAUAUAUCAUCGAAAUAUAAUAUCCCCCAAAUAUAAUGUCCGCCAAAUAUAAUAUCCACCAAAUAUAAUAUAAUGGAAAUAUAAUAUUCCCCAAAUAUAAUAUCCACCAAAUAUAAUGUCCGCCAAAUAUAAUAUCCACCAAAUAUAAUAUAAUCGAAAUAUAAUAUUCCCCAAAUAUAAUAUCCCCCAAAUAUAAUGUCCGCCAAAUAUAAUAUCCACCAAAUAUAAUAUCCCCCAAAUAUAAUAUCCACCAAAUAUAAUAUAAUCGAAAUAUAAUAUUCCCCAAAUAUAAUAUCCACCAAAUAUAAUGUCCGCCAAAUAUAAUAUCCACCAAAUAUAGUACUAACAGUACUAUUAUGUAUUCUUUUAUUGUCCUGUUUUUACAUUUAGAUUCCAAUGUUGGGACCUUAGAUAUACAUUAAUCACCCAGAAUCUAAACGCCAUCAUUUAUUAACUAAAAAACAUUCUAAUAGUUUUGUUUUAUUCCAGGAAAUAUUUUUGCUAAUUAAAGUUUUAAACAAAUCUCCAUUAUUUCCCACACAGGGCGGUGCGCGAAGAUGUGCUUUGCUGAAGGAUGACAAACUCAUGUCUUAUUAUUAUGAAGACGGUAAAACCUUAUAUGAAAUCUUCAUGAGAGGGAUCCGUGUUUCCGGUAAGGGGGCCAAUCUCUGCCUUUUCACAAUAUUUCGAAAUCCAGGGAAAAUCAGCCGGAGGCAGGUUAGAUAAAGCUGCUUCCUGGACUUUGCAUGGAAUUCAGACUUUAACAGAAAUUGUUUUUAGCUGCCAUUGAAAUCAGUUUUGCCUUUUUGGGUUAUAAUUAGUAAAUAUCAUGCGUUCAGUUUUAGCUCAUAUACGGAUGUUCUGCUCUGAGUGAAUCUAGGACCCUAUAGGCCAAGUCAUCUCAUCGAACAUACUAAAUGGGAAAACACUGCCCAAAGCCGGGUUCUUAUUUAAUCGACAACUCUGGAGAAUUAACCUGCUUUUCAUUCAAUCGUUUUGCCCUUUGUGUCAGAUUUCUGUUUUGUCUAAUUGUGUUUUGUUCUAUUUACAGGAAAUGGCAACUGUUUGGGCUGGAGGAGACCGAACCAACCUUACGAAUGGAUGACUUACAGACAGGUAGGUCCAAACAAAUUAAUGCAGUUCACAUAUUAAAUAACUGUAACAUAUUCAACAAUCCAUUAAACAAUAACAAAUGUGAGAAAACAAUGCAGUGAAACUCGGGGGUAUCAGGGUAAAUAGCAGAUUUUCACUGAUUCGAUGAUAAAAUUCCAGUUGGUGCUUUUCAUACCAGAAUGUAGCAGUUGAUAGCCCAGAAUGUAGCAGUUGAUAGCCCAGAAUGUAACAGUUGAUAGCUCAGAAUGUAGGAGUUGAUAGCCCAGAAUGUAGCAGUUGAUAGCCCAGAAUGUAGCAGUUGAUAGCCCAGAAUGUAACAGUUUAUAGCUCAGAAUGUAGGAGUUGAUAGCCCAGAAUGUAGCAGUUGAUAGCCCAGAAUGUAGCAGUUGAUAGCUCAGAAUGUAGCAGUUGAUAGCCCAGAAUGUAGCAGUUGAUAGCUCAGAAUGUAACAGUUGAUAGCUCAGAAUGUAGCAGUUGAUAGCUCAUAAUGUAACAGUUGAUAUCUGAGAAUGUAGCAGUUGAUAGCUCAUAAUGUAACAGUUGAUAGCUGAGAAUGUAGCAGUUGAUAGCCCAGAAUGUAGCAGUUGAUAGCUGAGAAUGUAGCAGUUGAUAGCUCAUAAUGUAACAGUUGAUAGCUGAGAAUGUAGCAGUUGAUAGCCCAGAAUGUAGCAGUUGAUAGCUGAGAAUGUAGCAGUUGAUAGCUCAGAAUGUAGCAGUUGAUAGCUCAUAAUAUAACAGUUGAUAGCUCAUAAUGUAACAGUUGAUAGCUGAGAAUGUAGCAGUUGAUAGCUCAGAAUGUAACAGUUGAUAGCUCAGAAUGUAGCAGUUGAUAGCUCAUAAUGUAACAGUUGAUAUCUGAGAAUGUAGCAGUUGAUAGCUCAUAAUGUAACAGUUGAUAGCUGAGAAUGUAGCAGUUGAUAGCCCAGAAUGUAGCAGUUGAUAGCUCAGAAUGUAACAGUUGAUAGCUCAGAGCUCAGAAUGUAGCAGUUGAUAGCUCAUAAUGUAACAGUUGAUAGCUCAGAAUGUAGCAGUUGAUAGCUCAGAAUGUAGCAGUUGAUAGCUCAUAAUGUAACAGUUGAUAGCUCAGAAUGUAGCAGUUGAUAGCCCAGAAUGUAGCAGUUGAUAGCCCAGAAUGUAGCAGUUGAUAGCUCAUAAUGUAACAGUUGAUAGCUGAGAAUGUAGCAGUUGAUAGCUCAGAAUGUAGCAGUUGAUAGCUCAUAAUGUAACAGUUGAUAGCUCAGAAUGUAGCAGUUGAUAGCUCAGAAUGUAGCAGUUGAUAGCUCAUAAUGUAACAGUUGAUAGCUCAGAAUGUAGCAGUUGAUAGCUCAGAAUGUAGCAGUUGAUAGCUCAUAAUGUAACAGUUGAUAGCUCAGAAUGUAGCAGUUGAUAGCUCAUAAUGUAACAGUUGAUAGCUCAGAAUGUAGCAGUUGAUAGCUCAGAAUGUAGCAGUUGAUAGCUCAUAAUGUAACAGUUGAUAGCUCAGAAUGUAGCAGUUGAUAGCUCAGAAUGUAGCAGUUGAUAGCUCAGAAUGUAGCAGUUGAUAGCUCAGAAUGUAGCAGUUGAUAGCUCAUAAUGUAACAGUUGAUAGCUCAGAAUGUAGCAGUUGAUAGCUCAUAAUGUAACAGUUGAUAGCCCAGAAUGUAGCAGUUGAUAGCUCAGAAUGUAGCAGUUGAUAGCUCAUAAUGUAACAGUUGAUAGCUCAGAAUGUAGCAGUUGAUAGCCCAGAAUGUAGCAGUUGAUAUCCAGAAUGUAGCAGUUGAUAGCUCAUAAUGUAACAGUUGAUAGCUGAGAAUGUAGCAGUUGAUAGCUCAGAAUGUAGCAGUUGAUAGCUCAUAAUGUAACAGUUGAUAGCUCAGAAUGUAGCAGUUGAUAGCUCAGAAUGCGGAUUGAUAGCUCAGAAUGUAACAGUUGAUAGCUCAGAAUGUAGCGGUUAUUAGCUCAUAAUGUAACAGUUGAUAGCUCAGAAUGUAGCAGUUAUUAAGCUCAGAAUGCUUGGCAGUUAUUAGCUCAUAAUGCAACAGUUAUUAGCUCAGAACAGCAGUUGAUAGCUCAUAAUGUAACAGUUGAUAGCAGAAUGCUUGGCAGUUGAUAGCUCAAGAAUGUAGCAGUUGAUAACUCAUAAUGCUGUAACAGUUGAUAGCUCAGAAUGUAGCAGUUGAUAGCCCAGAAUGCUUAGCAGUUGAUAUCCAGAAUGUAGCAACGUUGAUAGCUCAUAAUGCCAACAGUUGUGCUGAGAAUACUUAGCAGUUGAUAGCUUUCAGAAUAGCAGCAGUUGAUAGCUCAUAAUGCUUAACAGUUGAUAGCUCAUAAUGUAACAGUUGAUAGCUCAGAAUGUAGCAGUUGAUAGCUCAUAAUGUAACAGUUGAUAGCUCAGAAUGUAGCAGUUGAUAGCUCAUAAUGUAACAGUUGAUAGCUGAGAAUGUAGCAGUUGAUAGCUCAUAAUGUAGCAGUUAUUAGCUCAUAAUGUAACAGUUGAUAGCUCAGAAUGCUUAGCAGUUGAUAGCUCAUAAUGUAACAGUUAUUAAGCUCAGAAUGUAGCAGUUGAUAGCUCAUAUAAUGUAACAGUUAUUAGCUGAAAUGCUUGGCAGUUGAUAGCUCAUAAUGUAGCAGUUAUUGUGCUUAGAUGUAACGGUGUGCUGAGAAUGCUUAGCAGUUGAUAGCUCAUAAUGUAGCAGUUGAUAGCUCAGAAUGUAGCAGUUGAUAGCUCAUAAUGUAACAGUUGAUAGCUGAGAAUGUAGCAGUUGAUAGCCCAGAAUGUAACAGUUGAUAGCUGAGAAUGUAGCAGUUGAUAGCUCAUAAUGUAGCAGUUGAUAGCCCAGAAUGUAGCAGUUGAUAGCUCAGAAUGUAGCAGUUGAUAGCUCAGAAUGUAAGAGUUGAUAGCUGAGAAUGUAGCAGUUGAUAGCUCAGAAUGUAGCAGUUGAUAGCCCAGAAUGUAGCAGUUGAUAGCUCAGAAUGUAGCAGUUGAUAGCUCAGAAUGUAGCAGUUGAUAGCUCAGAAUGUAACAGUUGAUAGCUCAGAAUGUAGCAGUUGAUAGCUCAUAAUGUAACAGUUGAUAGCUCAGAAUGUAGCAGUUGAUAGCUCAGAAUGUAGCAGUUGAUAGCUCAUAAUGUAACAGUUGAUAGCUCAGAAUGUAGCAGUUGAUAGCUCAUAAUGUAACAGUUGAUAGCCCAGAAUGUAGCAGUUGAUAGCUCAGAAUAUAGCAGUUGAUAGCUCAGAAUGUAGCAGUUGAUAGCUCAGAAUGUAGCAGUUGAUAGCUCAUAAUGUAGCAGUUGAUAGCUCAGAAUGUAACAGUUGAUAGCUCAGAAUGUAGCAGUUGAUAGCUCAGAAUGUAACAGUUGAUAGCUGAGAAUGUAGCAGUUGAUAGCUCAGAAUGUAACAGUUGAUAGCUCAGAAUGUAGCAGUUGAUAGCUCAGAAUGUAGCAGUUGAUAGCUCAUAAUGUAACAGUUGAUAGCUCAGAAUGUAGCAGUUGAUAGCUCAGAAUGUAGCAGUUGAUAGCUCAUAAUGUAACAGUUGAUAGCUCAGAAUGCUUAGCAGUUGAUAGCUCCAGGAGAAUGUAGAAGUUGAUAGCUCAGAAUGUAGCAGUUGAUAGCUCAUAAUGUAACAGUUGAUAGCUCAGAAUGUAACAGUUGAUAGCUCAGAAUGUAGCAGUUGAUAGCUCAGAAUGUAACAGUUGAUAGCUCAGAAUGUAGCAGUUGAUAGCUCAGAAUGUAACAGUUGAUAGCUGAGAAUGUAGCAGUUGAUAGCUCAGAAUGUAACAGUUGAUAGCUGAGAAUGUAGCAGUUGAUAGCUCAGAAUGUAACAGUUGAUAGCUCAGAAUGUAACAGUUGAUAGCUGAGAAUGUAGCAGUUGAUAGCUCAGAAUGUAACAGUUGAUAGCUCAGAAUGUAGCAGUUGAUAGCUCAGAAUGUAGCAGUUGAUAGCCCAGAAUGUAACAGUUGAUAGCUGAGAAUGUAGCAGUUGAUAGCUCAGAAUGUAGCAGUUGAUAGCUGAGAAUGUAGCAGUUGAUAGCUCAGAAUGUAGCGAUUGAUAGCUCAAGUCGCAACAGUUAAUGCUUAAAUAUAACAGUUAUUAAGCAGAAUGUAGCAGUUGAUAGCUCAGAAUGCUUAGCAGUUGAUAGCUCAGAUAUAGCAGCAGUUGAUAGCUCAGAAUAUAUAGCUAGCAGUUGAUAACCCCAAGUCUGUGAUUGUGCUCCAGAAUGCUUAGCAGUUAUUAAGCUCAGAAUGUAGCAGUUGAUAGCUCAUAAUGUAACAGUUGAUAGCUCAGAAUGUAGCAGUUGAUAGCUCAGAAUGUAGCAGUUGAUAGCUCAUAAUGUAACAGUUGAUAGCUCAGAAUGUAGCAGUUGAUAGCUCAGAAUGUAACAGUUGAUAGCUCAGAAUGUAGCAGUUGAUAGCUGAGAAUGUAGCAGUUGAUAGCUCAGAAUGUAGCAGUUGAUAGCCCAGAAUGUAGCAGUUGAUAGCUCAGAAUGUAGCAGUUGAUAGCUCAUAAUGUAACAGUUGAUAGCCCAGAAUGUAGCAGUUGAUAGCUCAGAACUCUCGCCGGGCUGAAGGGGGAGGAAGGGGUUAAAUUCUUACCUUUCUCCAGCACCGGGCUCCCUCGGCGCUGGGGACUCUCCUCCCUCUUCCUACGUCUCCUCCCUCUUUGCGCACGCAUUCAAUCAGUCCAUAGGAAAGCAUUAAUAAAUGGCAGAUUUUGGCAUUGAUUAUUGAUUAUGGGAGUGUUGUAUUGCUGCUCUGAUUUUGGUCUUUUAUUGAUUCGUUGCAGGUAGCGGACAGAGCUGAAUAUUUGGGAUCUGGACUUUUACAGAAAGGAUGUAAGCCUUCACCCGAUCAGUUUAUUGGGAUCUUCUCACAGAAUCGACCAGAGGUAAAUCUGUAUCCAAUAAUUCACUGAGCUGACUGGCAACCAACAGGUUAAUCCUCAUUUUAUAAGCAGCAUUGUUGGAACAUGUGCCAUGGGUUUAGUCUGCGACCCAGAGAGAUUUAAAGUGUAGAUAUUCUGAUUUACCUAAUUCAUCAUGUGUGUUCAAUAAACCCUUAUUAGAGCGAAAUAGAAUAAAAGUACUAACUGCAGUUUAACGCAAUUACUGAUAGAGAGUUCUGAAAAUUCUGACAUUAUUUUGACCGUACAUGUUAAAGUGAUCUAAAAAGUGAAGAUUUUCUUUACAGUAAGUUCUGCCGGGUUUUGACAAAAUCUUCUUUUCAGAAGACUGCAGAACUCUUUUCUGACAUAAAAAGUAUUGGAAAAUGAUAAAUCCACUGCGUCACUGAAAAAAUGGCAGAUAAUAAAACAGCACCUUAUAGAGUUAAUAAACUGUGCUGAACAAUUAGACGCAAAUGUUGGCGGCAGUUUAAUAAAUGCCCCCUAUAGUUUCUCUAAUGGGUAAAAUGGGAGCAAGGUGUAUAAACGAUGAUAUUAAUGAAAUGCAUCUCUGAAUCUCCUUUCUCUGAGCGCUUGGUUCUGUCUUGUGUAGGCUGUCAUAGCAGAGCUGGCUUGUUAUACGUACUCCAUGGCCAUCGUUCCGCUGUACGACACCCUGGGAGCAGAAGCCAUUGUUUAUAUUGUUAACAGAGGUGAGAACACACAAACAUUUAUACACAUACACAAACAUACAUUUAGACACACAUGUAUUCAUACACACAUUCACAUUUAAACACACAUUCACAUUUAAACACACUCACAUUUAAACACACUCACAUUUAUACACAUACACACACACACAUUUAAACACACACACACAUUUAGACACACACACAUUCACAAGUAUACACACUCACAUUUAUACACACGCACUCACAUUUAUACACACACAUGCACAUUUUCUGCAUGCACAUUUGGACACACACACACACACACACAAAACCAUAUUGAUACAUACACACACAUGCACAUUUAGACACAUAUAUGCACAUUUAUACAUACACACUCACAUUUAAAAACACACUUAUACACACAAAUGCACAUUUAUACAAACACAUUCCUUCUCAUACACACACACACACACAUUUGUACAGAUGCACAUUUAUACACAUUCAGUUAUAUAAUUAUAUAUGUAGAUAGCCACUAUAUCUACCACGAUUAUUCAUUAAAGUGUCAGCGGUUGGGAGAUCUACUUUGAUUAAAAACCUGUAAGUCACACUCAGGAUCCUUCCAGUGGAUUUAUCGGGAUCCAGCCAUCUGAGUUAUGCAAACAGAAUAAAAGGUGACUCUGUUUUGCAGCUGACUUGUCAGUGGUAAUCUGUGACAAAUCGGACAAGGCUCGCAUCCUGCUGGACAACUGCGAGAAAGGCCUAACACCUGGGCUCACAACAGUCAUCCUGAUGGAGGCGUUUGAAGACGAACUGAAGGAUAAGGCUGUGAAAUGUAACAUUGACAUUUUAUUGAUGAAAGACGUUGAGGUAUUUCACUUCUUACUUAAUAAUCAGAAAAUAAGAAAAAUCCCUUGGUGUCAGAUUUUAGAUAUAUUAAUGUUCAGUUUACUAAAAUUAGAACUAAAAUAAUUUUAAAAACUAGCAAAACCCAUAUUUAAACAAUCCAUGUACCCACUGCUUCCCCCAUCUCUGCCAAUAUUAUUCUAAAUGUCGACUACUUACCUCCCACUGACAAAAUGUAAAGAUACCACAAGGCAUUACUUUUUACUUCAUUAAUGGAUCUGCCACUAGAAAUACGUUUAUAACAGCUUCAAACUAUAUUUCAAAUAAAUGACUUCACCCUUAAGUAAAUGUCUGAAGCUAAGACUACGGUAUGUCCCAGGUAGGAUAAACCUGGCAAAAUCUAUCUCCCCUUGGUUUAGACCAGUGGUAAGCGAUGAUGGCUAAAGAUGGUGGGGUGCUAGACACCCCCCUCUGAUUUCUUUGGUUCUGACUUUUUAACCUGAUCUAAUCAACCCCUGACCUAAUGAGACGUAUAGAACAUAACACUAUAUAUAACUAUAGACACAUAUUAUAGAUACCGAUAGAUAAACGUAUAGAUACAUACUAUAACUGCCUAUAGAUACAUACUAUAAAUACUGAUAGAUAAACGUAUAGAUACAUACUAUAACUGCCUAUAGAUACAUACUAUAAAUACUGAUAGAUAAACGUAUAGAUACAUACUAUAACUGCCUAUAGAUACUAUAAAUACUGAUAGAUAAACGUAUAGAUACAUACUAUAACUGCCUAUAGAUACAUACUAUAAAUACUGAUAGAUAAACGUAUAGAUACAUACUAUAACUGCCUAUAGAUACAUACUAUAAAUACCGAUAGAUAAACGUAUAGAUACAUACUAUAACUGCCUAUAGAUACAUACUAUAAAUACCGAUAGAUAAACGUAUAGAUACAUACUAUAACUACCUAUAGAUACAUACUAUAACUACCGAAAGAUAAACGUAUAGAUACAUACUAUAACUACCUAUAAAUACACUUAUUUGGGAAACAAUAACCUCUUUAAAGACUGACUCCGCCCUUGGUGCUGUUAUCCAAUUACAGAGCAGACGAUAGGCCUUCCUUUGUCCAGAAUGUGACAGCCGGUGUUCUAUCAGUAUAGCAGACUGAUAGAACACCGGCAUUGAAUGGCUGAGCUCAGGAUCUCUGUUAGAGCAGAGUAAGUUUGUCUGGGAGGUUCAUGGGGCAAAACUAGCUCCACAUAUCCCAUGAUUAGUUAGAUAUUAAAAAUUUUGUGUAUGGGGGGCCCAAAGACUUCUUAACAAUAAAAAUGUCUGCUAAUUGUCAGUAAUGCCGAGAACCAAUCAGAAACUGUGCUUUCGUGAGUUCUGCUGAUUAUCUCCCAGCAUUCCAUGGGGUAAUCAUGGACUCUUUAAACUAGAAUGACUGAACCCCAAGCAGGAGCUGGCAUGGCCGCCAGUGUCAGGAAUCAAUGCUUUUAUUAAAGGUCUGAUUAUUCAGUAACAUGCUCGCUCUUUCCUGCAGUUCCUGGGUAAAGAACAUUUUAAAAAGCCUGUGGUAAGUCUUCCUAUAACAUGAGCUCAGAGUGCACUGCGCAUGGUGUGGGAGCUAGUGAUAGAUACAAUGGUUUAUUAGGACAAUGCCUGCCUAACAUUCUGCCCACAGCUGGGAACAGCUGCAGGGAUAGCCACCAAGGUAUUAGGCCUAAAGAAUUCUGGAAGAAAUCUCCAAGCCAGCAACCCUUUCAUCCUGAAAUGUUAAAUUAUUUUCUAAUUUACGAUAAAUUCUCACUUUAGUGAGUAACCCUGUUACAUUGUGCCUUUUUUCUGCAUUCAGUUUUCUAUCUCUGAUCUGAAAGAGGUCGAGAGACAUGGGAUUGUGUAUUAGGAUAACGGCUGUGAUUUUGGGGCGAUGUGUGCGAAUGCUGCCCACGGUUUGGGUAAUUGAAGCUUUAUAUGAUGUGUGGAUGUGGAGAGAGAUAAUGGUAAUGGUAUCGUGUCUGACAGACAGUACGGAAGGGAUUACAUCAAAAUGAUGUCACUUGUUAAAUAAUCCGGGUUCCUGAGAGGGGGGUGAGGUGAGAAGUAAUAUUCACAGUCUGUACAGAGAAUGAAAGCUGUGAUUGUAACGCAGUUAAAGGGGUUCACUGAAUAGAUGGGUGGCUGGGCUAUGAAUCAUAUCAUUUUAUUUAUGGUAAGCUACCUUUAAUACAACACAAUACUAGCCCUCCAGCUGUUUGUGGGACAACAAUUCCCAGUGGGCAGAGGAUUGAUAGAAUUGUAGUCUUACAGAUGGAGGGUCAGGGCUGGAUAGAACUGGUGUGAACAACGCCUGUACCUCAACCUGUUCUCUUUGCCUUCAGCCACCAAAACCAGACGACCUGUGUGUAGUGUGUUUUACCAGUGGAACUACAGGUACAAACCCUCUUCUUAAAAUAUAUAUUCUGUCAGUACAUACUGCCAGCACCGUACUGGAUAUACAGAGUUAGAGGCAACGUUACAGGUGGGGUCACAGGUAGAGGGGGGGCCUUGCAGGAAGGGCUACAUGCAUGGUAAGAGGUGGGGUUACAGGGAGCGUUAAAGGCGGGGUUACAAGUAGAGUAAUGGGCAGGGUCUCAAGCAGGAUAAGAGGCGGGGUUACAAAUAGAGUAAGAGGCGGGGUUACAAAUAGAGUUAGAGACGGUGUGACAAGUAGAGUAAUAGGUGGGUGCAAGCAGGAUAAGAGGCGGGGUUUCAAACAGAGUUAGAGGCGGGGUUACAAGUCGAGUUAGGGGCGGGGUUUCAAAUAGAGUUAGAGGCGGCAUUACAAGUAGAGUAAUGGGCAGGGUUUCAAGCAGGAUAAGAGGCGGGGUUUCAAAUAGAGUUAGAGGCGGGGUUACAAAUAGAGUUAGAGGCGCGGUUACAAGUCAAGUUAGGGGCGGGGUUUCAAAUAGAGUUGAGGCGGGGUUACAAAUAGAGUUAGAGGCGCGGUUACAAGUCGAGUUAGAGGCAGGAUUAUAAGUAGAGAAAGAGGAGGGGUUACAAAUAAAGUAAUGGGCAGGGUCUCAAGCAGGAUAAGAGGCGGGGUUACAAGUAGAAUAAUGGGCGGGUACAAGCAGAAUAAAAGAUGGGUAUACAAGUAGAGAAAGAGGCGGGAUUACUAGUAGAGUAAAGGGUGGGGUUACAAGCAAGAUAAGAGGCGGGGUUUCAAAUAGAGUUUGAGGCGGGGUUACAAGUAGAGUUAGAGGCGGGGUUACAGUCCCUCCUCUCCUCUGAUAGGCUCCGCCCAUGCCAGACUCAGAGUGAUUAGGAUGCACAACCUACCCGGCCUCACUGCCAGUCAGUGCAAUGUGCGGGGUCUUUCCGGGCAAUGGGGACAGCCCAUACACUGAGCAUCAAAGGUUAAACUGCUAGCCCUUCCUGUGGCAUGGAGGAGACCGUACCCUAAAAUAUCUCAGAAGAGACCCACUCACACCCGAACCUUUAUGUGCCCCUCUUUGUUCGUUUGAAAUGUUGGGAGAUGCUGAUGGCUUGUGUUCACUCUUAUUAUGAAUGUCUCCUCAUAUCCCCGUACUAGGUGACCCUAAAGGAGCCAUGCUGACCCAUGAAAAUGUGGUAGCAGACACAGCCAGCUUCCUAAAAAACACAGAGGUAAGAGUCCAGUCUUAUACACACUCUGCACAAUCCUCAGCGGAGGUGAAGAGUGAUGGGAGUCUCAGUCCAGCUAUAGUUUAAUAUAAAUAUAAUUAAAUUAAAGGACUGUGCUGGCAAUAUGAUUGCAAAAAAUAACUAACACGUACAAUAAAUACUUAUUACAUGAGUUUUGAAUUGCUUGAAUUGCAUUUAUUUUAAUAAUACUUUCAUUUUGCAUUAUAUAUAUUCACAAAGCUCUAACAGCAGAUUAUUAUAAUACACUUUAGUUUAUUAAGCACUAUUUUCUCUGAUGUUGGAAUUGGUGUAGGACCCUCUGAUAUUGGGGUACAGUGAUGUAAUUAGUCUAGGACCCUCUGAUAUUGGGGUACUGUGACAUAACUAGUGUAGGAAUCACCGAUAUUGGGGUACUGUGACAUAACUAGUGUAGGACCCACUGAUAUUGGGGUACUGUGAUGUAACUAGUGUAGGACCCACCAAUAUUGGAGUACUGUGAUGUAAUUAGUGUAGGACCCAUCAAUAUUGGAGUACUGUGAUGUAAUUAGUGUAGGACCCACAGAUAUUGAGAUACUGUGCUGUAAUUAUUGUAUGACCCACCGAUAUUGGAGUACUGUGAUGUAAUUAGUGUAGGACCCACUGAUAUUGGGGUACUGUAACAUCACUAGUGUAGGACCCACCAAUAUUGGGGUACUGUGAUGUAAUUAGUGUAGGACCCACCGAUAUUGGGGUAGUGUGAUGUUAUUAGUGUAGGACCCACCGAUAUUGAGAUACUGUGCUGUAAUUAUUGUAUGACCCACCGAUAUUGGAGUACUGUGAUGUAAUUAGUGUAGGACCCACUGAUAUUGGGGUACUGUAACAUCACUAGUGUAGGACCCACCAAUAUUGGGGUACUGUGAUGUAAUUAGUGUAGGACCCACCGAUAUUGGGGUAGUGUGAUGUUAUUAGUGUAGGACCCACCGAUAUUGAGAUACUGUGCUGUAAUUAUUGUAUGACCCACCGAUAUUGGAGUACUGUGAUGUAAUUAGUGUAGGACCCACUGAUAUUGGGGUACUGUAACAUCACUAGUGUAGGACCCACCAAUAUUGGGGUACUGUGAUGUAAUUAGUGUAGGACCCACCGAUAUUGGGGUAGUGUGAUGUUAUUAGUGUAGGACCCACCGAUAUUGAGAUACUGUGCUGUAAUUAUUGUAUGACCCAUGGAUAUUGGGCUCUUGUGAUGCAAGUAGUCUUACCCGCCACCAUUUUUUGGCUACUGUGAUGUAAUUAAUGUAGGACCCAAUGAUAUUGGGGUACUGUGAAGUAGUGGUGGGCUUAACAAAAAAAUGUGGCCAUAUGAUGAAAUUGAAUGCAGAUAUUUGAGAGGUGAUUUUAAGUAGCCUUAUAAAGUUUUAAACUGUGUUUUCAUGUGUGUGCUGUAACUUAAUCUGUGUUCUGUAUGAAUUUUGGUCACUACGGCAGCACCAUUCCUCCAGAAUGCAUGUGCAGGGUGUGCCCCCAAUUCCCUUUUGUCUUUACUGGGUAAAGGAUAUACUGCACUGUCAUGAUAAAUUCAUAUAUUAAUAUAAUGUAUAAUGUAUAUUUCUAUUAUAUAUAUAUAUAUAUAUAUUGAAUGAAUGUGAAUUUAUUUACUGUAUAUUAAUACAAUGGUAAAAUAAUGGUAUUAUUAUAUAAUAUAUUGAUACAGUAAAAGUGUGUGUAUAUAUAUAUAUGUAUAUUGAUACAGUGUAUAUUUAUAUGUUAUAUUGCAUAAAAUUUAUACAGUGUAUAUUAAUAAGGUAGAUAUUUAUAUAAUAUAGUGAUAUAAUGUUUUCUAAUAACGUGGGUAUUUAUAUACUAUGUACUAGAAGAAUGUAUAGUUAUAUAACAAGUAUAUUAAUUAAAUGUAUAAUAUAUUGAUCAAAUACAUAUUGAUAUAAUGUAUAUAGAUACGGUGGAUUUUCAGACAUAUUUAAUUUAUAUAAUGUAUAUUGAUACGAUGGAUUUUCAGACAUAUUUUAUUGAUAUAAUGUAUAUUGAUACGGUGGAUAUUAAUAUAUGUGUUUAUUGAUAUAAUGUAUAUUGAUACGGUUGAUAUUGAUUGAUGAAUUACUGAUUGGAGACCAUUUCUUUCUGUACAGAGCACAUUUGCUCCUGUGACGUCUGAUAUAACCAUUUCUUACCUACCGAUGGCGCACAUGUUUGAGAGAGUGGUGCAGGUAAAACGUGUUACUGUUACAUUCAGCAGGAAGACAGACACAUGUAGCUAUGUAUACAAACACAAAGAUAAAGCACCGCGCUUACAGCAGCAGUAGCUUAGUAUCCAACAGCUUAAAAUACAUAGUAAAAACAAAGAAAACGUUACCUGCGCUCUGGCCUAAAUCCACAUGUACAUUUAAACAAAAUGGAGGCUCUUUAGUUUUAUUCCAAUGGCCAUUUGAAUAUAUAAGCUCACCUGCCACGUCAAGGCAAGCCUCAAUAGGUGAGUUCCUACACUAGCCAUUAGAUAUGCUGAUAUCAGCCAAGAAUCUCCAAUGAGACAGGAAGGGGUGUUUUAUAAACCCUUUCACAUUUAACCCUUUAUAGGGCUUCUACACAUACAAUAAACUUUGCUGGUAUUAUUGGUUAUUGGGUUGUUCUAGAACUUUAUGUAUAUCUAGUUUCUUGGGUUGUUCUAGAACUUUAUGUCUAUCUAGUUCCCGGGGUUGUUCUAGAACUUUAUGUAUAUCUAGUUCCCGGGGUUGUUCUAGAACUUUAUGUAUAUCUAGUUUCUUGGGUUGUUCUAGAGCUUUAUGUUGUUCUAGAACUUUAUGUCUAGUUCCCGGGGUUGUUCUAGAACUUUAUGUAUAUCUAGAACUUUAUGUAUAUCUAGUUUCCUAGGGGUUGUUCUAGAACUUUAUGUAUAUCUAGUUCCCGGGGUUGUUCUAGAACUUUAUGUAUAUCUAGUCUUGUUCUAGAACUUCCUGGGGUUGUUCUAGAACUUUAUGUAUAUCUAGUUUCUUGGGUUGUUCUAGAACUUUAUGUAUGUCUAGUUCCCGGGGUUGUUCUAGAACUUUAUGUCUAUCUAGUUCCCGGGGUUGUUCUAGAACUUUAUGUAUGUCUAGUUCCCGGGGUUGUUCUAGAACUUUAUGUAUAUCUAGUUCCCGGGGUUGUUCUAGAACUUUAUGUAUAUCUAGUUUCUUGGGUUGUUCUAGAGCUUUAUGUAUGUCUAGUUCCCGGUGUUGUUCUAGAACUUUAUGUAUAUCUAGUUCCCGGGGUUGUUCUAGAACUUUAUGUAUAUCUAGUUUCUUGGGUUGUUCUAGAGCUUUAUGUCUAUCUAGUUCCUGGGGUUGUUCUAGAACUUUAUGUAUAUCUAGUUUCUUUGGUUGUUCUAGAACUUUAUGUAUGUCUAGUUCCCGGGGUUGUUCUAGAACUUUAUGUAUAUCUAGUUCCCGGGGUUGUUCUAGAACUUUAUGUAUAUCUAGUUCCCGGGGUUGUUCUAGAACUUUAUGUAUAUCUAGUUUCUUGGGUUGUUCUAGAGCUUUAUGUAUGUCUAGUUCCCGGGGUUGUUCUAGAACUUUAUGUAUAUCUAGUUCCCGGGGUUGUUCUAGAACUUUAUGUAUAUCUAGUUCCCGGGGUUGUUCUAGAACUUUAUGUAUAUCUAGUUUCUUGGGUUGUUCUAGAGCUUUAUGUAUGUCUAGUUCCCGGGGUUGUUCUACAUCUUUCUAUAUAUCUGGUUCCCGACCUAGACCAUGUCCACAGUGCCAUAAUGCUUUCAAGUAGACUCCCUAGCGGCCCAUUAGCAUACCAUGGGCUUUCACACCUGAUGGCAGCUCUGCAGCUUUGUUCCAUUCGAGUUGAAUAGUUUUUAGAAAUGUCUAGAUUUUGUCUUACAGAGUGGAAGAAUUCCAUAGAACUCAUUACCUUGCUAGGCAUGAGAGUCCACUCCCACAAUACAUAGCAGAGGCCGGGCAAUGAAUACGUAUAGCACAGACCACAUAUGGAGAUACAGGUAGAUGGACCAGGACCCAUGGGUGGCACUAAUCAAACCCAGCAUAGUACCAGGCAGAGAUCAUUAUAGGACCCCAUGGUGCCUACUCAAAGUGCUAGUAGUGGGUAAAAAGGGAUUAAUACUGUAUAUACUGCCUCGUUUUCCUGGCACUGUACUUAUAAAGUGUUGUCUUUCCAGGCCGUCAUCUUCUGCUCUGGAGCCAAGGUGGGAUUUUUUCAAGGUGAUGUGCGGUUACUGACAGAGGACAUGAAAACUCUGAGGCCAACUGUGUUUCCAACAGUUCCAAGGCUGCUCAACAGGAUUUACGACAAGGUUAGUGCAUGCCAUGAAACAGAAACAUUGCGUUUCCAGAUUAGGGAUCUUAACCUCUUAUUAUUUAUUGACAUUGGUACAAUUUGUCUCCAGGAUGUUUCCCCUAACAAUUCACUGUAUCUAAAUACCAAGCCACGAUAGGCUUAGCAAACAUAUAGUUAUUGUGACUGUGUAAAAAUGAGCAUUCAAAUUCUGAAUAAUUUGUCAUAAUGCCAAAGGCUGAGGAACCAUCACAUGAAAUUACUUGGCAUCCAUGCAAUCCAUGCAGUGUAGCCAUGUUUGCAAGUCAGGCCCAUUUUUGACAAGUUAUCAAAAAGUUAACCAUGUUUUUUAAAACUAAAAGGAGCAGACUAUUAAGAUGAAAAAUAUCUAAUUUCUCAGAUACAAAGUGGAGCACAGACACCUUUCAAGAAACACCUCUUGGAAUUUGCCGCAGCGAGGAAGUUUUCAGAAGUAAAAAAUGGUAUUAUCCGGAACGACAGCAUCUGGGACAAAUUUAUAUUUAAGAAAGUCCAGGUGAGGCAUUAACUGUUUUACAUUAAACCAAUUGAAAUAAAAGAUUUAAAAGAAGUUGCUUGUUCACAUGUUUACACCAUCUGCUUCCCUCCUCACUGAAUCUGAGCUUUCUGAUUGGCUGCCUGUUCUCAAAGGCGACCAAUGAGAGAACUUGCAUUCAUUUUAACUUGAAGAGAGACUGGAGGUGGCCAAAAGACAGUUCUCCAACUGCUGUGCGACUAUAGAUCCCACCAAAGCCUGCAUGUGGGUGAGAAUAUACCUUUUGGCUAGCUCUGGAUUAAAGGAUCUGAUUAGUCAAUGCACCAAUCGAAUCGGACAUCUAACAAUCUGCCUAUAUCCAUAUUAUGGUAUGUGCACGCCAGGGGAUACUUUAGAAAGUAAUUCAAUGAAAGGGUUCAUUCUAUUUAAAAGUAAAAUGGUUGUUACAGGGCUGCUUGGUAGGUGCUUGAGUUUAGAGGGAGUAUGUAUUCUUUCUGAAUUCCACAGGUUUCAGAUUUUCUACACAGUAUUUCUAUUUCAAUACACCCAAUAUAAAGAAGUAUAACCAAUAAAUCACUAAUAUCUAACCGAUCCAGAAUUAUCUGCCUCUUCCUAUGGUCUAACCGAUCCAGAAUUAUCUGCCUCUUCCUAUGGUCUAACCGUCCAGAAUUAUCUGCCUCUUCCUAUGGUCUAACCGAUCCAGAAUUAUCUGCCUCUUCCUAUGGUCUAACCGAUCCAGAAUUAUCUGCCUAUUCCUUGGUCUAACCAAUCCAGAAUUAUCUGCCUCUUCCUUGGUCUGACCGAUCCAGAAUUAUCUGCCUCUUCCUAUGGUCUAACCGAUCCAGAAUUAUCUGCCUAUUCCUUGGUCUAACCGAUCCAGAAUUAUCUGCCUCUGCCUAUUCCUUGGUCUAACCGUCCAGAAUUAUCUGCCUCUUCCUAUGGUCUAACUGAUCCAGAAUUAUCUGCCUAUUCCUUGGUCUAACCGAUCCAGAAUUAUCUGCCUCUGCCUAUUCCUUGGUCUAACCGUCCAGAAUUAUAUGCCUCUUCCUAUGGUCUAACCGAUCCAGAAUUAUCUGCCUAUUCCUUGGUCUAACCGAUCCAGAAUUAUCUGCCUAUUCCUUGGUCUAACUGAUCCAGAAUUAUCUGCCUCUUCCUAUGGUCUAACAAUCCAGAAUUAUAUGCCUCUUACUAUGGUCUAACCAAUUUAAUCAAAAUUUCUAAUCCCUGGUCUGAAAUCCCACUUCUCCUACCAUCAAAUUCUGGUACAUAUAGGAGCAUAACUCAUUCACAUGCAUUCUCCCGUAGGAUACAAUGGGCGGCCGUGUCCGGGUAAUGGUGACUGCUGCAGCUCCCAUUUCAGAAAAUGUUUUGUCUUUCCUCAGAGCCGCGUUGGGCUGUCAAGUAAGUGAUCUCUAAAGAUCUGGGUAACUCCCAUACACCUUAUUUUAUCUGUUAUAAAUGUGAAAUAGAAUGUGGCAUAAUUCUAUAAAACAAUGAAUAAAAUACAAGUUACAAAGAAAUCUUCUGUGAGACAGGAAACCCUUCUCCUGCAACACAUGUUGAAACUUGAAAAUUAUUACUGGAAAGUCAAGCAUAAAAUACUUAAUUCAACUUACAUUUACGGGUUAAUGAUUGUUGGGGUUACUGUAAUACAUUAUUUUCAUGAUAUUUAAUUCUUUUUUUAAAUAUAAUAUUUUAAAGAAUGUAUUAUUUAUUAUUGUAGUCAUUUUAUGCCCUUGUAAACCUAUUAUUACAUUUCAUAAAAAUCUGAAUAACUUUUUAUAUAAAGUUCAUUUUCUUUCACAAGUAGAGGUGGUUAUUGUAAAAAAAAAAGUGAUAUAUUAUCUGCGAGAAACUGUAAAAUGUAACGUCAACCCAUUCCAAUCAAUACAGAUAUUUGAAGCUUAUGGUCAGACUGAGUGUGGGGCGGGAUGUACGUUUUCUACGCCAGGAGACUGGACAGCCGGUAGGUGAACGGAGAUUGGAGAACUCACUGUUGGUGAAAUUACAGGAUUAUUUACUAAAGUGUGAAUUGUAGAAAACAGAGUGAAUACACAGUAAAUAUCAAAUUUUAGGACACAGCUGCUAAACUGAAAACAGGCGAUUGGGAGAUGUCUCCAAUUUGAUUACUUUGCCUAAAAUCUUAAAUUCAAAUUCAAGGAUAUUCAGACUUUACGAAGCAAUUGUGAUUUCCAAAAACAUUCCCAAGCCAUGUCUCUAACUCCCAAUUGCAGGUCAUGUUGGUGCUCCGCUGCCGUGUAAUCUGGUGAAAUUAGUCGAUGUCGUCGAUAUGAACUACUUUGCAUCCAAUGGAGAAGGAGAGGUAGGUUGGAUCCUCUGGUUCGAUGGAUGUAACGUAUCACAGUUUGUAACAUGUAUCACUUUAAUAUGUUCACCAACUGUUACCCUCAGGUCUGCAUCAAAGGGCCCAAUGUUUUUAAAGGUUACCUGAAGGAUCCAGAGAAGACGGCAGAAGCUCUAGAUGACGAUAAAUGGCUUCAUACGGGAGAUAUCGGAAAAUGGCUGCCGGUACGUCCACGUUCAGUGUCAAUAAUUCACAAUUGUGGUUACAUGUUUGCAGGGUUAUUCCAUAAAUUGUUAAUUGCCAAGCUUUCUACCAAAACAACUAAAAUUAACACAUAGCUAACUUCUAGAAUUUAUCCAGAUCAGCUAUUUUGGCCUUAAAUAUGAAAUUAUUUUGAAUUGACAAUUUAGUUAAUAACCUUUCCUGAUUAAAGUGUCAGCGUGACCCUAAACAGAACUUGCUUGAUAAAAACUUCACAAAAGGCAGAGCUACCUCAGUCAAUGUGUCUGUUCCCCUGGGCAUCAGUAGCGACAGCUGGAAGAGUAAGGCAUUAUCUUGCUCAUCAGCAGACAAUAUCUAUGGAGGAUCUCGCGGUCUUGCAGGUUCCUCCAUUAACAUCAGUGUUGCAGUCUCGUACGUACCCAUGAGUACAGCACUGACUUGGGUUUCUGGUGGAUAAAAUGCCACAAGCUAAAGAAAGAUGAUGGUGGUGACCCCAGGGCCAUCAGGUAAGUAUAUCUACAUCUGAGCUAUGCACACCAAAUGGCGAUAUCACCAUUGGCAAAAUAAGAAAAAUGUUAUGAUCUCAUAAGUGUUUCCAUCUGUGUGUGCACUGGGAUGGGGGUGAAAGGGUUAAUGAAUACGCAUAGUGCAUAGAAAUGAAAAUAUUCACCUGAAAGCAGUUGUUGCGUGUCGGAGGGAAUCAUUUAUAUGAAUUUCUUGAACGCCAAUCAGUUCGUGUUAGACAGACAUUGCUUUUCGCUCAUUACAGCAUUUUUGUACAAUUGUUUUUUGUUAAAGUAUUAAUUAUUUUCGUUAAUGUAUUAGCCUCUUUAUAAAUACUUCAAACUCAGAGGCAAAGAAAAUAACAUUUAGACUUUAUCCAAUAAACUGGUAAAGAAAAAAAAAAUAUGGGCUAACAAGGGAAGUUGUCCUUGAUACAAACACUUAUUUUCCCACUUUGAACCCAGAAAGUUGCGCAAUAAAAUAUUCUUUCAUUUGGGUUUUAAUGCACUAUAAUUUGGAGUUCAGUGAAUAUCCCUGUGAGAGGGUUAAAAAGCAGACUGAGAUUAGAGCCAUCACCUCUGCACAAACUGGGAAUUAUCCACAGACAGGUAUUAAUAAGAUGAAACCACAAGCUUGUGUGUCUUUCAUUAAAAAGCAAUACUCCCAGGGCCAGAUUAAGGGCUCUCGGAGGGACUGGGGCCAAUUUAGGGCAGUAAGUAGCUUCGGGAAUUGCACCUGCUGAGAGAGAAACCACACAUUACUAGCCAGAGAAUUAGCCAAGUUAUGUGGGCUUGUAACGUGACACAUAGACUUGUAACAUGACAAGACUAACUAAUGAGUGUACCUGGAGAGCCCUACCGUACAUUAAAAAACCAUAGCAUUAACACAGACACAUAGGAUCUCCAGCCGCUGUGCACUGCCACUCCCAUUAUGCACUUGAUGAGGAUAAUGGGAUGUUGACUCCAUUAUUCUGCAGCCUCUGGAUGGACAAUGGGUUGCCGUAUGUAGCAUCAAUAUGCUGCAAGAGGGAAAUCAAUGCAUUCAUUAAGAAAUUUGGCUCGAAUCUUAGUCAAUCGAUUUCUCUCCUGCAGUAUAGGAUAUCUACAGAUGGAAGGUCAGCGCUUUCAUGUACUGCCCUAACAAAAAAUGAUGGGUUUCCCGACAGAAAUGAGACCUUGAGAUGGGAAGGCUUGUGACGUGACAUGGCAGCUAAAUAUCACUCCAGGGAUGAAGUGCUGAACAUAUUCAAACCCUCUUACGGAAAUGUUUUUCUUUUCUCUAACAGAAUGGAACCCUGAAAAUAAUUGACAGGAAAAAGAAUAUUUUUAAGCUGGCACAGGGAGAAUACAUUGCUCCGGAGAAGAUUGAGAACGUGUACGUGAGGAGUGCGCCCGUGGCCCAGGUCUUUGUACACGGAGACAGUUUAAAGGUAGGGACCCUUUUUUACCCAAAUAAUAAAGUCAGCAUAGCCAGCACUUUGCCUGUACCCACCACGAGCUGCCCCUCAAAUCUGGCGAAAAAACAUUGAAGUGCUUAUUUUAUGAUCAACGUGACUUGGGAGCUUAUCCACUAAACAGUGAAUUAAAAAGUAAAAUAAACAAAAUCACCAAAUUGGAACAAUUUGCCAUCUCCACUAUAGUCACAUUUGGAUCUUUUAGUUUGAAUUUUGCAGUUCUGUUUCCAUCUCACUAGAAUUCAUUGUUUAAGAAAUACGUCCCUUUGUGUCAAUUCAAAGGAAUAAAAUGUAAUCUUUAACGACUGCUAGCAUGGAUUAACCCCUUAAGGACACAUGACGUGUGACAUGUCAUGAUUCCCUUUUAUUCCAGAAGUUUGGUCCUUAAGAGGUUAAACAUUAUUCCUGCAAUUAUUUCUUCUCCAAUGAAUAAAUUACAUGAAACAAUAUGUAAAAAUGGCUAUGAUCCCUGUCUGUGCUAAAUAAUAAACCCGUACCUAACAAACUGUGAUUUGAUUUGCCAUUAUUUAUCUAUUUUCAAGGCGUGUCUUGUUGGCGUUGUGAUUCCCGACAACGAGGUUCUGCCUGAUUUUGCAUCUAAACACGGACUGAAAGGAUCGUACGAAGAGUUAUGCAAGAACGAGGCGAGUAUCAUUCAACCUGGAGUCAAGGCCUACUUCAUGGAAAACGGCAGCUCUCCAGCCCGGACUACGUCUCGCAUGGUGCUUUGCCAGCUCAGGCAGCGCUAUCUGAGAAAUACAGUUAUUCAUUCAUUUGUGAACUGUUAAAAAUUCAAAUUGAAAUUAAACUUUUAGGGCAAAAUAGUGUAAUUGUAAAAACUCUCCAAGGCAGCUGUUUUAAAGUCACCUGUUUUCACAAACAACGCGUAACUCACUUUAAACUCUUGAUAAUUCUCACUUUGUUGGCAUAAAAUAUUCAUUUAGAGUUAUUCUUUGUCUUUUUCAUAGUUGGGUGGAUACUAUUCCUACUGUCUGUAUAUAAAAACACACGCAGUUGCCCUUAAAAUAACUGCGUAGAGUCCUCUAUUUAAAUAUGGCGCUGCUGUCAGAGGACUGAACUUCCGUCUGUCAAUUCACGACACACAUUCUGUUACUUUGCACAUAUUUCAAUCCAUCCCGUACAUAAGGCAUCUCCUGCAGUAACAGAUCGUCAGCAUCAACGUGUAUGGUUUUCAUUCCAGGUCAUGAAGAAAGCCAUUCUGGAUGACAUGGUUAAAGUUGGAAAACAAGCUGGUCUCAAGUCAUUUGAACAGGUAUUGAAUGAAUAUUGGUAGCGACUUGGGGGGCUUGUAAUGUUUAGGUGGGGGGUGCUCUGUCCGUAUGUGGUAUAGUACCCCUCUACCAACUUAUGUGAAUAGUUAAUGGCAUGAAUUUACACAAAAACAAGAAAAGUUGGUAUUAAAAUACACAUUAACAUUCUGAAAAUCAGUAUAUUUCAUGGAGAAUCCAUUGGAGUUGAGAUGGAAAUACUAGCUUUAGUAGAGUUAAAAGUCUUGUCGCCAUGGUAAUUUAGGGUCUGUUUUAUCAACAUGUAACAAUAAAAUAAAUUGCCCAGGUGUAUAUAAAAUCCUUAACUAUGCGCUCAUCUAUAUUUUAUACGAUAAUGUAAUUUCUGGUUUUAAUAUAUUGAUAUAUACAGUCUUUCCCCGAAAAUAAAACCGGGUCUUAUAUUAAUUUUUUCCCUGAAAACAAACUAGGGCUUAGUUUUGGGGGAUGUCUUAUUUCAGGGAAAAACGGUAGCAAGUGCUAGAAAGCAGGUCUACAUUCGGGUGAAUUCCCUCAAACAUAAACCAGUUCACUAGGGCGUAGAACCCUGCGAAUCUAUGUUCGGGUAUUAGCGAACUAGAGACUAGGGCUUAUUUUCAGGGUAAGGUGUAUAUUACGAGCAUCCCCCGAAAAUAAGCCCUAGCUAGGGAUGUCUUAUUUUCAGGGAAACUGGGUAUAUGUUAAGAGAUUUAGGGACUCCGUAGACCAAUUCAUGACACACAAUUAAAUCUUUAAAAAAUAAAAAAUGAUGUUUUAGAAUUUGUGUAACGGCUUCCUGUGAAUUGUCACAUAUCGAUUGAAUACUGCUUAUAAAAUGUGCCGUCUUUCCUCAGGUUAAGGAUAUCUAUGUCCAUUCUGAAAUGUUCACUGUUGAGAAUGGUUUCCUGACACCUACGCUGAAAGCCAAGAGAGCCGAGGUUGCCAAAUAUUUCCGCAGUCAAAUAGACGACUUAUACACAAAACUACAGGAAUAAAGAGUACAGUUUUACUGAACAGCUUUUAGCCAGAAUGUGGCAUCAUGGCCAUACAUGCAGCCAGAUGCUAUUUUACGAGCAGGGUGCUCAUGAGGAAAGAGCGUAAGGCUGGACGGCUGAGCAACGUUUUUACCAGAAGAACUAAUUUAGCCGCUUUCCGAGUGGAAGACUAGGAUGUAUCUGUGAUUCAUAAAACAAAAUGAAAUGACGUGCCCCAUCUGGUGGCAUUGAGGGGAUGUUUUUGGAAGUCACUGUAUGUGUAUCUAGAAGAGGAAUAAUGAAAUAAAAGUUUUUAUAAUUUAAAAAAGGGACCUGUAA